CCGCCCUGUUCUUACGCAGCCCUGUUUUAUGAGGGAAAAUGUAUCGUCUCAGCCAGCAGUUUAUUUCCGAGAUCGCCUUCAAUUCCUUUCUAUCCGCCGUGCCACGGGAAUAUUUACAUUUUACGAGACAACAUAGUAAAAGCUGGUCGUGUAUUGGCUGAUUUUUGAUCAAACUUUACAUUUAUCUGCACGAAAAUGCCGAGAACCAAGAAGAAGAAUGGCAGGGGGGGGCCACAUGGAAAUGUGCAUCCUUUCAGUGAUGAGGAUGCCUCCAUUGAGACCCUCAGUCAUUGCAGCAGCUACAGUGACACCGCCAGUGUCGCAGAUGAAGGUGGAGAGGCCAGUGAGGACACUGCUCAGGAGGAUUUCCAGUACAAGCUGAAGGGCUUCAUAGACAGCACCGUUGAUAAGAGCGCUAAGACCAGACAAGGGGCACUGGAUGGGCUUAAGACGGCAAUGGCCACACGGAUCCUGUAUGAAUUCAUCUCUGAGAGAAGGAUGACCGUCACAGACAGCAUUGAACGCUGCCUUAAGAAAGGCAAAGGCGAGGAGCAGCGAGCAGCAGCUUCUUUAGCCUGCCUGCUGUGUAUCCAGCUGGGCCCGGGCAUCGAGAGUGAAGAGGUGUUCAAGACCCUGAAACCCAUCUUCAAAAACAUCCUGGCAGAUGGAUCAGCCAAUAUUCAAGCCCGACAGGCUGUUGCGACAAGUCUGGGCCUCUGUACUUUGGUUGCAGAAGAUGAUAUUUUGGACGUGCACGCUAGCAUGGAGUGCUUUGAGAACCUGUUCACCCGGUCCUAUGCGAGGAUGGAUGGUACCUGUCCUCUGAUCAGUCCCCAGGUGAGCCAGCUCCACACCAACGCCUUGCUGUCCUGGGCACUGCUGGUCACUAUAUGCACCGCCAACCAGCUCAAAGACAUCCUGCACAAACAUCUGCCUAAAUUGCCAAGAUUGCUGGAAAGCGACGAUGUCAACAUGAGAAUUGCUGCAGGGGAGACGAUUGCUUUGCUCUUUGAGUUGGCCAGAGACCUGGACUCGGAGUUUGAGUUUGAGGACUGGGAGCAGCUUUGUGAUAAACUGAACCAGCUGGCCACGGACUGUAACAAGCACAGAGCCAAGACCGACAAGAGGAAGCAGCGGUCGGUGUUCAGAGACGUACUCAAGGCUGUUGAGGAGGGGGACUUCCAGUCUGAGGCCAUUCGCUUUGGGACGGAGCGCAUGACCAUCGACAGCUGGGUCCGAAAGAGGACGUAUGAUGCCUUCAGAGAGUUUGUGGGCUCUGGUAUGAACUACCACUUACAGGCAAAUGAAUUUAUCCGCGAUGUGUUCGAACUGGGUCCGCCUAUGUUGGUUGAUUCCGCCACAAUGAAGGCCAUGAAAAUCCCUCGCUUUGAAAGGCAUCUUCACAACUCUGCUGCGUUCAAGGCUCGGACCAAGGCUAGAAGCAAGUUCAGGGACAAAAGAGUGGAUGUUGGAGAGUUUUAACUAUAUAUAUAUAUAUAUAUUUUUUUUUUCCCUCACUCUAACUCCCUAUUUAUCAGGCUUUCCUGCUUUUUUUUUUUAGAACGAUUGUCACAACCUUGUCUUGGUGAUUCUCCCUAGUCUUUUUGAGUAUGAACCCUCGCCCUGUGCAGACCUCAACGGGCCUCCUCACAGACGCUCUGUCGUGGGCAUAACAUCCACCGAGGGUUUGAUGAUUAAUAGAUAGAUAAUAUAAAUGUAUCCACACGUCAACAGUGGCGUUGUACAUAUAGUGUAUUUGUUUGCUGCUAAUGUCAAUAUUCAUAAUGCAGCCUCUUUGUUUCUUUUAAAUUAUAUCAUUUCGUCAGCAUUUAUCUUACACCAUUAAUGUUGUAGCGAUGUUGACGCAUGCUGUUGCUGAUCUAACCCCUUAAUGAAUUUCUAUUGUGUUACUACCAUUAUUACCUUGAGCAAUUUACUUCUGUAGAACCUCUUCUAUUAAUAUUGUGACGUCUUUUUUAGUUUUGGGUAUUGUCAAAAAGGUGAUGGUGAAAUAAAAUAAGUGUAAGAACUGGA